AUGAAGAGCACUGGCAAGGCUUAUUCGGAGGCUUGCGAGGUAGCAGGGAGAAGUCACACCUUCGGCCCGCCGUGGCCGCACAUCUUCCUUGCCCUGCCGCAGCACCUGGCGUCGCUGCCUCCAGCCAACGAGAAGGUCGCCCCCACGCUCAAGCUCCACUGGAACAGCCUCAUGCAAGGGAACCCUCGCGAGGACUGCAUCAAGACACUCCAGGACCAAGUCAGAUACUGUCGCAUCAAGGACUGCUGGUACGACGGCGCCAAACCAACCCAUUGCAAGCUGCAGCUGAUGAUGCCACCAUACCUCCAGGCCACAUCUACGGAGCACAACGGCGAGACACUCUACACGGUCGACGCGGCGAUCGGCCUUACGAUCAGCAACCAGGGCGGUCUCAAGAAGGCAGGCUCGCCGCCCAAGGGCGCCCUGGAGCGGGGCGCGGAGAAGCUGCUCCGCCAGAUGGGCUACUCGCCGGCCCAGAUAGCCAAGCACACCAAGAGGCAGAGGAGGGAAAGGAGGACGACGAGGACUUCUGACCCCCCAGCCCGCGGUGAAGGCCCCAGCUUUUCUGGUCAGCAGAAACGGUUCCGAGAGGGCGCUUCGAAUUUUUAG